AUGCCAAAGCGACAGCGCGACGAGGAAACAAAGGACGUCCAUGUUGAGUCUUCGCUGGAGUCGGGACGAAAGUUCGAGGCCUACAUCCGCGGAUGGGUGCGGGAAACAACGGAACCCCAGGUCGUGCGUCCGUCCUCGUUGCCUCCGCUGAUGCCUCUGCCGGCUCUCAUCUGCUCCCCAACGGAUGCGCUACGCUCCACAAUAGCUGCAGCGCUGGUGGCGCCCACUCCCGUAAUCGUGGACAGCGUGUCUGCGUCCGUUUCCCAUAUCACUACUGCUGCUGCCGCCGCUGCAUCUCACGCUGGGCCCACGUCAGGCACCGCCGUCGUUUACGACGAUUGUAUGCUGGAGCACACCUCACCAGAUCCGUCCGACUACGAGCGCCCUGCACGCCUCAGUACCACGCUGGACCACCUCGCCGCCGUGGGCCUUCUCGCCUGCUGCCGGCGCAUCCCGGCGCGCACCGCAAAAACGAAGGAACUGCGGCGCGUCCACUCCCGUGAGCUCGUCGACACCAUCGAUCAACUGGAUUUCUUCAUGGGCAUUCGCGAUGAGAAGAGCGGCGUCAUCGGUCAGGACCUCUUUGCCAGCGAGCACACCUCGCGUGCGGCACGGAUGGCGGCGGGGUGCGUCAUCGAGGCCGCCAAAGCCGUCGUCAGUGGAGUCAGCACCAACGCCUUUGCGCUGAUUCGUCCACCGGGCCACCACGCAGGGCCGGGCAACGCGUCGGGUUUUUGUUUGUACAACAACGUCGCGGUUGCCGCCCGCGCUGCGCAGGAGGAGAUGAUAGCGCGGCGCCGUGGUCGUGAUAGCGGUGCUAGUGGCGGCAUCGCCAAGGCCGCGGAUUGUCCCCGCAUCCUUAUUCUUGACUGGGACGUGCACCACUGCGACGGUACGGAGAGCGUGUUCUACGACGAUCCUUCGGUGCUGGUCAUCUCCAUCCACCAAUACGGUAGUGGCCGUGGCCAUGUUCUUCGCAAGAUGCCCUCUACUGAACUCACGCCGAAACCACCUCUCGCUGCAGACUCCACAACGUCGACCAGCAAGGAGGACAUUGACGUGAAUGAGCUCGCCGUCCUCCUCGCUUCCUCAGAGCAGGAUGAGGACGUACCUCAGAAAGACACGGGCGCAACAGAAGCGCAGCAGGUUACGGCUGUGCCUCAAACCGUAGCGGAGGCAAUGAGGCCACCCCCGCCGCCACCGUUUGAGGCCGCCGAAAGCCGCCGCCCGCGCAAACAGGUUGACUACAACAAACUGGCUGCAGAGCUGCAAGACGACGGUGCCGACGACAUCGCCGCGCUGUUCGGUGUGGAUGUGAAGGCUGCGGCUUCCUCCUCCUCCUCGACCUCAUCGUCGUCGUCCGCGUCCGUCGGCGAUGCGGCGUCCUCCACUGCGGCCAACGACGGGCAGAGGAAAAAAGCGCACUACGCGGGCGAUACCGUCGGUCUUUCCUUUGACGAGACGCCGCCGCUGGGGGCACCGAGGGAGGCGGAGGAGCCGUUCUACCCCGGCACCGGACACAUCACCCGCGUGGGCGGAGAGACGGUGGAGAAGGCGACAGGCCGCAACAUCAACAUCCCGUGGCCCACGCACGAGAUGGGCGACCUCGAGUAUGUGCAAGUGAUGCACGAUCUUGUCCUACCAGCGGCGCGGGAGUUCGAGCCGGAGUUGGUGUUCAUCAGCUCUGGCUUCGACAGCGCACACGGGGAUCUUCUCGGCUCCAUGUCUCUCAGCCCUUCCGGUUUUUACAUUAUGACACGUCUCAUGGCGACCAACUUUCCGAAGCUGGUUGUUGCUCUUGAAGGCGGCUACAACGUGAAGAACGUGGCGCUCGGCUCCGAGGCGGUGAUGCGUGCGCUGCUGGAAAGCAGCGGCAAUCCCGUCGAUCAACUUCCCCGAACACGAAUGCUGUGGUUCCAGGCCGCUGCUCUGGUGGCAGAGGUAAAGAAGAUGCACGCACCAUAUUGGAAAUGCUUCUCCGACCCGUAG